AACAUGUUUAACUACGCGGUACGAUUGUAUAAAACGAUGACGUUGUAAAACAUCACUUAGCGAGAAGGUGGGUCUUAAAUAAGCAAUGUAUGGUUUGACAUAAUAUAUUCGAGAAGCGCUGCUGCGGCUAAAAAAUGUAUUUUGGAAUCUAGUACCGGAAAUAGUUGUUGUGUCUUCUACCUUGUAUUAACUUACCUGGUUGCUGUCAAAAUUUGAAGUCUCAUCCACAACUUCAGACAGUCCGCGUCGCCUAUUGAGUUAUGUCUCGUAGGAGCUGUCGCCUGGUGUCCACCGGUUACUACAACUCAGAUGACGAAUCUGACUCGAGUAGUGUGACAAACAUUUCGUACCGAGAGAACCCAGUCAAGGUUUUCAAGAAAAAGGCGGGCACCCGCAAGGCCGCCUCCCGCACUUCCACUCGAGCCAACAGCAAUGCUAGCGCCACGAACCUUGAGUCGCCUGUUGCCACAGCCAGGAGACCUUCUCUGAGCACCCAGACUGACCUUACAAUGAGGACUGUGUCCUACACCACUCCCAGGCCCACAACUCGGACCUCCCUGACCUCUGCAUCAUCGCCCACACAUCAGACUCCCACCCACUCCCCACUGCCGCAUCCAGAGAGGUUCCGUGGCUCCAACCAGGCGGUACUAUAUCUGCGACCUGACCAGAAUAAGAGCUGCAUAGACAGCUCGGGCUACUCCUCCUCUGAGGGCGCCAACCUUAAACCCCCAGCUACCACAACCAGGACUUGGACCACCACCACAACUGCUACCAACAGCAGCAAAGUCAGAAGUAACAGUGGGUCUGUCGGUGUAGCAUACAGACAUCGAUUCAACAGUGCCCUCUGUGGUUUUAAGGAAUCACUAUCAGCGAUGACCACAAGGAUAAUGCAUCUGACAGAUUUAGCCAGCAAAUGCUUACUCAGCAACCAAACAAAGAAAAUUUGCAUUGCUCUCAUCCUCCUUGUUGCUGUUCUUGCCUGUGUGUGGUUCCUUCCUCCAUUGUUGCCCCCUCUCACUUCUUUCAUGUUCAUCACAAAGUUCCCGUCACAGACUACCAUGCAUCAAACUGUUCCACCCCCCAUUCUUCCUCCUCAAUCAAACACCAUGCUGCCCACUUCAGCAACGGAUCCUGCCUGUGCCUCAGUCCCUUCUGAUGUAGAAGCAAAGAUGCAGCUCCUGUUGGAGAAGCUGCAGUCGAAGCAGGAGCUCUUCUACCAGAUCAAGGCGCAAUUUGAGGUGGACAUGCAGAGUAUGAGGGAUGAGCUCAAGACAGUGAAGUUUGACAGUGGGCAGCAUUUGGACCGGGAAGUUGCUGCACUGGGCAAGCGGAUAGAUGACAAGGAGCAGGAUUUCCACAGGUUCCUCUCCACUCUCAGCACCCGAAUCCAAGAUUUAGAGACCCGAAAUGCUGAGUUGUCACAGGAGGUGUCGUCUAUCCAGCUGCUGCCUCCUCAGGUGCCUUGUCCUGACAUCAGCGCCACCACAUCUGCCCACAAACAUCUCACGCCAGAGCUCCAGCAGGCCAUGGAGAAGUGGCUCACUGACCACAUCCAGGCUCAGGAUGCAAUGAGACCACAGGACAAGGGAACCUCAGACUUGCAGCCCAUUGCUAACAAGAUGGCUGACUUCGCCUUGGAGACUCAAGGUGCCAGCGUGAUCAGCACCCGCUGUUCUGACACUUAUCGUACCCGCUCAGCAUGCGUCACCUUGUUUGGAUUCCCCUUGUGGUAUCCCACCGAGAGCCCACGCACUGUCAUUCAGGGCUACCCGGUGAUGCUUCCAGGCAAAUGUUGGGCAUUCCAUGGUGUCCAGGGGACUCUGGUCAUUGCCCUGUCUCACCCCAUAAGGAUAACGCAUGUGACACUGGACCACGUGCCGCACUAUAACACCCCCAAUGGCCGCAUUGACUCCGCCCCCAAGGAUUUUGCUGUCUAUGGGAUGAAGGAUGAGGCAGAAGAAGGAACGCUGCUGGGAACGUUCACGUACAACAAGGAAGGCGAGCCCACACAGACCUUUGAGCUGACCGACCCCAGUAAUGUGGUCUAUCGAGCUGUGGAGCUGCGCGUCCUCAGUAACUGGGGUCAUGUGGAGUAUACGUGCAUCUACCGCUUCCGUGUGCACGGUGUCAUGGCGGCCACAUGAUUGCCCUCUACGUGGAAGUGGUGAGGCCGCUAAAUCAUUGGCUCUGAUUCUUCCAGAAGAUUCUUUCAGACAUUGUUGCAAUCCAGCAAAAAGCUAAUAUCUCGGCAUUUUCAACAUCAAUCAAUAAGAAAACACAGUGUGGGGAUACAUGCUUUCAUUGGACAGCCAAAAUAUUUAUUUAUAUCUUAUAGUUUUUAGCCACCAGCUUAACCUAGCUAAUAAACAUUAGGUCAGAAUGAUACAUAUCCGCCAUAAAAAAAAAUUCUUGAUUCUUAACAUACUUGAAACUUAUUUUUUCUAGCUUCUUGUCGAUCCAUGAUGCACGUCUUUCUUCUUUGUUAAAUGCACUUGAAUUUUGUAUGACUGCAAAGUCAGGAAGAAAAUGUAUUUAUUUCAGAAUGUGUGUACUUGUAUUUGGGUUGUGGGAUUGUUGCACAGACAUUGAAAAUGCUUGUCUAAAUUGAAACGUGUGAUGGACGACACGUGUGUAUUACUGCCACACUGAAAGGAAAAACUUGUAAAAUUGCGGAAAGUGAGUUAUAAGAAAGUCGUCAUGCUCGGUGAGUAAAGCUUGAGGGAAAAAAAUCAGUAUUUUCAAAGUUGAAUCUACUUCAAAAGGCAUAAUUGUAGGAAACUAACGUUGUAUUUUGUUUUAGAAAAAACUUUAAAUAUUAAAGUAAUUUUUUCUAGUUGAUGAUGGAACAAACUCAAGCAAAAAAAGCAACAUACAGUAGUUAUUUAUCAGCAUGAAACACAAAUGUUAGUACGCAGUCUUGAAAAUAUAGUACGCCUUUAUUCUCACUUCAAGUUAUGACUUGAUUCUUGUCAUGUCACAACUUUUUCUAGUAAUAUCAAAAAAGCAGUUCUAGAGUAAUUUGGACCUUAUUUGCAUAAAAUUCAACAGUGACCGAGUGGUUAGCAUGUAGGUUACACAGUCAAGAGAUCGGGAUUCUCCGCUUGGGCAUUUCUGUGUGGAGUUUGCAUGUUCUUCCCGUGCGUGCGUGGGUUUUCUCCGGGUACUCCGGUUUCCUCCCACAUGCCAGAAACAUGCAUGUUAGCGGCAUAAAAAAUGGAUGGAUGGAUGCAUAAAAUUUAGACUGGAUAAAUAAGUAAAAUCAUUUUUCUAAUAGAAUGAUAUUGUUCUCAUUGUGACUGUAAAGUUGUAGUGUCACAACUUUAUUCUUGUAAAUCCGGCUUAGCUCUCUUUAAAAUUAGAAAUUUAUUUUUGUAAACUUACGACAUUCAUCGGUUAGUAUCGGAACUUUAUUCUCGCCAUCUUUUAAAUUUAUUCCCAUAAAAUUACAACUAUAUUUGUAACGUACAACCUUAUUCUCUUAAAUUUAUGAAUUUUAUUUUUAUAAGGUUAUGGCUAUUUCCGUAAUAUAUGACUUUAUUCUUGUAACUCUUUUAGUAAAGUAUGACUUAAUUCUUAAUUCUCGUAAAUGUACUAAUUUAUUUCUAUAAAUGAUGACUAUUUUAGAAAAUUACAACUUUCUUCUAGUAAUACCACCGUGAUUUUCAUCAAUUUACAAUUUUAUUCUCAUAAUGUUAGGAUUUCAUAUAAUGUACAACUUUAUACUCCUAUUUAAUAUUUCAUAUUUCUAUGAACUUUAUUGUAAUACUUUGACCUGGUUCUUGUAAAGCAUGAGUUUGUUCACAUCACAAUAUGACUUUGGUCUCGUAAAUUAAGAUUUUAUCCUAAAAUUACAAACGUACGGAAAUGACAUAAUUUUCCAGGGAUACGACUUUAUUGUAAUAGUGUUAUUUUUUGUUAUAAAGUACACCUUUAUUCUACUAAAAUUACAUUAUUCUAAAAUUAUAACUUCAGAUAACUUAUUCUCAUUCAAUAGAUUUCCCCUCAUAAUAGCUUUUUUCUGGUGUAAUUCAAUGACUUUUUUUUUCUGUGUGCCUUAAUAUUCCUUAGUAGAAAAAUGUACCUUGCAAUAUUUCAAAUGCAAUAUGACCUGCAAGGUUGUGCAAUUGUCUCAAAGUUCAGCUUGAGUUUUCUUGUUCGACGACACUUUUCAGUGUACAAUUGUUUUUUUAUGAUGAGUCGUGUACCACGGGGGAAUCCUGGUGUAAUCAAUUUGUGCUGCAGCUGUAUAAACUAAAUAUAUGGUACUCUCAAAGAACAUGUAGAAAAAAGGUAGUCCUACUUUAGAUUGUGCAAAACAAAACAGGUACAGAAUCAUUUACAUAAGCCCCUUUUCUACCAGGUUGUUUUUUACCCAGGUAAAAUUGAUCUAUUACCGUAAAUCCAUGUGUUUCAUCUGUGUUUUGCAUUUCCACCACACCUCAAAGUUCACGGUAAUUUAUUCAAAUCCGGCUGAUAAUAUAUGAGGAAGAAAAAUGAAAGUUUGCACCCAAACACUAUCUGUGAACAGAAACACUACAAGUGUGUUCCGCCAAUCAGGGUUCUUCAGCACAAAGCCCAUCCCUCCAAAGUUCCCGGGCAUCUGAAAAACCCGCCAUGCUACCACAUCCCUUUUCAGGGAAAGUUUGAGCUCUGGGUGGAACAUUUUGAACCUUGUAAUUUUGCUGAUUUCUGGUCAUUUUCCAGGUAAACGAGAAAUGUUCCUGUAGUGGAAAAGGGGCUAUUCAUGCAGGUUGAAAAGUAUUGUUUUAUUUUUGGAAGAGUUCAAGUUGUUUUGUGUGGAAUGGAUGCAUUCUAUUUGGCAGGCUACUGUUAUUUAUAAUAAUUCUUUGAAUAUCAUAUUUAAACAAAAUUAAUUGCUAGAAUUGUAAAUUUCAUUUUCAGUUUGAAUGUAUGAGAUGAAUAAAAUGUCUUUUUAACAAGUUUAUUUGAUUGU